ACGAGGAUGUUGGUGUGCACGACCUUUGGUUCCAAAAAGACGGCGCUAAUUAUCAUACAGCCAACGAAACAAUCAAUUUAUUUAAAAAAAAUAGUGAGCGCAUCACCUCGCUUUAUGAGCCUAUACCGUGAUUUAACACCGUGUAGUACAAGGAUGGGGUCAUGUGUAGAAGUUCACGCAAGUGAGGAAAGUUCUCUGAUCGCCAUUCACUUGGGAGUGGCCAGAAACGAUUCUUUUACAUAUGACUCAAGCAGCUCACGACUUCCGGUCUUUGACCAAGUAUCCUCUGGGUAGCCUAAGAACAUCCGUUCGAAGGUGAGCUAAAGUGAGAAGGCGAAACACCCCUGCAUAGGGUUGUGCGCUGGGUUUGGGACCCGCCACGUAAAAAGCUCACCCCAAUGAAAAACCAACAGCAGCCUCGGAUGAGAGACCCCCCUUUUGAUGACGACCAUGGCAAACGAAAGAAGGACUACGAAUUAAGGGCAUGCACCUGGAAUGUCCGGUCCCUUAAUUGGGAAGGUGCCGCUGCCCAGCUGGUUGAUGUCCUCGUAAAAACAAAGGCUGACAUCACCGCCGUCCAAGAAAUGCGAUGGACGGGACAAGGACAGAGACGAGUAGGUCCUUGUGACAUUUACUACAGUGGCCAUAUAAAGGAGCGCAAGUUUGGUGUGGGAUUCGUGGUGGGAGAGAGACUCCGUCGCCGAGUACUAUCAUUCACUCCGGUGAAUGAACGUCUAGCCACAAUCCGCAUCAAAGCGAGGUUCUUCAACAUAUCGCUGAUCUGCGCCCACGCUCCGACGGAUGAGAAGGACGAUGUGACCAAAGAUGCCUUUUAUGAGUGCUUGGAACGCACUUAUGAGAGAUGCCCCCGCCACGAUGUCAAAAUCGUGCUUGGCGACUUCAACGCCAGGGUGGGCAAAGAAGGUAUCUUUGGCACUACGGUCGGUAAAUUCAGCCCCCACGAGGAAACAUCCCCAAAUGGGUUGAGGCUGAUCGACUUCGCCGGGGCCCGAAAUAUGGUUAUCUGUAGUACUAGAUUCCAGCACAAAAAAAUUCAUCAAGCUACCUGGCUGUCUCCGGAUCGAAAAACUACCAACCAGAUCGAUCAUGUUGUGAUAGACGGAAGACACGUCUCCAGUGUUUUAGAUGUGCGUGCGCUCCGAGGCCCUAACAUCGACUCGGACCACUAUCUUGUUGCAGCCAAGAUUCGCACCCGCCUCUGUGCAGCAAAAAACGCACGCCAACAAACACAAGGAAGGUUCGACGUCGAAAAGCUGCAAUCACAACAGACUGCCGAACGAUUUUCUACUCGGCUUGCACUCCUGCUCUCUGAGAGCACUCAUCAACAACUCGGUAUAAGGGAACUGUGGGACGGCAUUUCAAACUCCUUACGUACAGCUGCAUCCGAAACCCUUGGUUUUCGGAAAGUGCAAAAGAACAACUGGUACGACGAGGAGUGCCGCGCCGCAGCGGAGAGAAAACGGGCUGCCUACCUCGCAACGUUACCAUCGACCACAACACGUGCGGGAUGGGAUAGAUACCGAGAAUUGAAGAAGGAAGCGAGACGCAUCUGCAGACAGAAAAAGAAAGAGGCCAAAUGCGUGAGUAUGAAGAGCUUGAUAAGCUGGCCUACAGGGGUAAUGCUCGAAAAUUCUACGAAAAAAUGCGGCGGCUUACAGAAGGUUUCAAGACCGGAGCAUCUCUUGUAGAACCCCCAAAGGUGAUCUAGUCACUGAUGCCCAGAGCAUAGUUAAAUUAUGGAGGGAACACUUCUCCAGCCUGCUGAAUGGCAGUGAACGCACAACACCAGGAGAAGGAGAACCCGAUUCCCCAAUCGAUGACGAUGGAGCAGACGUUCCAUUACCCGACCAUGAAGAAGUUCGAAUAGCAAUUGCCCGCCUCAAGAACAACAAAGCGGCAGGGGCCGACGGACUACCGGCCGAGCUAUUCAAACACGGCGGCGAAGAACUAAUAGGGAGCAUGCAUCAGCUUCUUUGUAAAAUAUGGUCGGACGAGAGCAUGCCCAACGAUUGGAAUUUAAGUGUGCUAUGCCCAAUCCAUAAAAAAGGAGACCCCACAAUCUGCGCCAACUACCGUGGGAUUAGCCUCCUCAACAUCGCAUACAAGGUUCUAUCGAGCGUAUUGUGUGAAAGAUUAAAGCCCACCGUCAACAAACUGAUUGGACCUUAUCAGUGUGGCUUCAGACCUGGAAAAUCAACAACCGACCAGAUAUUCACCAUGCGCCAAAUCUUGGAAAAGACCCGUGAAAGGAGAAUCGACACACACCACCUCUUCGUCGAUUUCAAAGCUGCUUUCGACAGCACGAAAAGGAGCUGCCUUUAUGCCGCGAUGUCUGAAUUUGGUAUCCCCGCAAAACUAAUACGGCUGUGUAAACUGACGUUGAACAACACGAAAAGCUCCGUCAGGAUCGGGAAGGACCUCUCCGAGCCGUUCGAUACCAAACGAGGUUUCAGACAAGGCGACUCCCUAUCGUGCGACUUCUUCAACCUGCUCCUGGAGAAAAUAGUUCGAGCUGCAGAACUAAACAGAGAAGGUACCAUCUUCUAUAAGAGUGUACAGCUGUUGGCGUAUGCCGACGAUAUUGAUAUCAUCGGCCUCAACACCCGCGCCGUUAGUUCUGCUUUCUCCAGGCUGGACAAGGAAGCACAGAAAAUGGGUCUGGCAGUGAACGAGGGCAAGACGAAAUAUCUCCUGUCAUCAAACAAACAGUCGUCGCACUCGCGACUUGGCUCUUACGUCACUGUUGACAGUCAUAACUUUGAAGUCGUAGAUAAUUUCGUCUAUCUUGGAACCAGCGUAAACACCACCAACAAUGUCAGCCUAGAAAUCCAACGCAGGAUAACUCUUGCCAACAGGUGCUACUUCGGACUGAGUAGGCAAUUGAAAAGUAAAGUCCUCUCUCGACGAACAAAAGCCAAACUCUAUAAGUCGCUCAUAAUUCCCGUCCUGCUAUAUGGUGCAGAGGCUUGGACGUUGUCAACAACUGAUGAGUCGACGUUGGGAGUUUUCGAGAGAAAAGUUCUGCGAAAGAUUUAUGGUCCUUUGCGCGUUGGCCACGGCGAAUAUUGCAUUCGAUGGAACGAUGAGCUGUACGAGAUAUACGACGACAUUGACAUAGUUCAGCGAAUUAAAAGACAGCGGCUACGCUGGCUAGGUCAUGUGGUCCGAAUGGACGAAAACACUCCAGCUCUGAAAGUAUUCGACGCAGUACCCGCCGGGGG